AGCUGGCUCUGUACUUCCGGUGGAGACGUGGCUCUGUACUGCUGCCAUAUUGACGCUAGCUCGCAAUCACAGAACUAGAAGUUAGCUGUACAUUCGCAACGUGCUAUUCCAGACUGGUUAAAAACACUCAAGGCGAGGGACAAGAGAAACUGUAGACAGCGGUACGACAGAAAGCGACCAAAAUGGUGCUGUUGGCUGCGGCUGUGUGCACCAAGGCUGGAAAGGCCAUUGUAUCACGGCAGUUUGUGGAAAUGACCCGGACACGUAUUGAGGGUCUCCUGGCUGCAUUCCCUAAACUGAUGAACACAGGAAAGCAGCAUACCUUCGUGGAAACAGACAGUGUUCGUUAUGUGUAUCAGCCCCUGGAGAAACUUUACAUGGUCCUCAUUACAACCAAGAACAGUAACAUCCUGGAGGACCUAGAGACGCUCAGACUUUUCUCGCGUGUGAUCCCAGAAUACUGCCGUGUGUUGGAGGAGAGUGAAAUAUCAGAGCACUGUUUUGACUUGAUUUUCGCCUUUGAUGAAAUUGUGGCAUUGGGCUACAGAGAGAAUGUCAACCUGGCUCAAAUUCGCACCUUCACAGAGAUGGACUCUCAUGAGGAAAAGGUUUUCCGCGCUGUCAGAGAGACUCAGGAAAGAGAGGCCAAGGCAGAGAUGAGAAGGAAGGCCAAGGAGCUGCAGCAGGCUAGGAGGGAUGCUGAGCGCUCUGGAAAGAAGCUGCCAGCUUUUGGUGGCUUUGGCAGUGCUGGCAUGACCAGCGUCUCCUCCGGAUCUAUCAUCACAGACACAAUUGUUGAGCCAGAAAAGCCAAAGAUCACACCUGCAUCAGUCAGACCAAGUGGACCAAGUAAGGCUCUGAAACUGGGUGCAAAAGGAAAAGAAGUUGACAACUUUGUUGACAAGCUCAAGUCUGAGGGUGAAACAAUCAUGUCCACCACAGGAAAGAGAGGCUCGGAUGUAUCAAAAGUUCUGCCACCACCUGUUAAUGUGGAGAGUGUACAUCUACGUGAGGAGGAGAAGAUUUCACUGACUUGUGGACGUGAUGGCGGCCUACAGAAUAUGGAGGUCCUGGGCAUGCUAACACUCCGGGUCACAGAUGAGAAGAAUGGACGUAUUCGCCUUAUUAUAAACAAUAAUGACAACAAAGGAUUGCAGCUUCAAACACAUCCCAAUGUGGACAAGAAGUUGUUCACAUCAGAGUCAGUGAUCGGACUAAAGAAUCCAGAGAAGUCAUUCCCUCUCAACAAUGAUGUUGGUGUACUGAAGUGGAGGCUACAGACUACAGAUGAGUCCCUCAUACCAUUAAACAUAAACUGCUGGCCUUCAGAGAGUGGUACAGGCUGUGAUGUUAACAUUGAAUAUGAGCUGCAGGAGGAGAGCCUCGAGCUCAACGAUGUGGUCAUCAGCAUCCCUGUACCGUCUGGUGUAGGAACUCCUGUGAUUGGUGACUUGGAUGGAGAGUACAAACAUGACAGCAGAAGAAACAUCCUGGAGUGGUGCCUACCUGUCAUUGAUGCCAAUAACAAAACCGGCAGCCUGGAGUUCAGCAUUGCUGGACAGCCCAACGACUUCUUCCCUAUCGGUGUAUCCUUUGUGUCCAAACGCAACUACUGCGACAUACAGGUUACCAAAGUGACUCAUGUAGAUGGUGACAGCCCCGUUAGAUUCUCUACUGAAACCUCGUUUGUGGUCGACAAAUAUGAAAUCCUGUAAAAAAAAAAACAAAAAAAAAAAACAUAAAAAAAGAAAGCGGGCAAAACAAAACCGGCAAAUUAAAAAAAAAAGGAAUUUACCAACAUAAAGUCCAAAUCUAUGCUACAGAGAAAGAUUGAAGAGUUCUUGCCUGCUCGCUCUGUAUACUACAUCAGAGACUAUACAGUACAUCGACAGGACUACGUCAGCCUCUUCCAGUGGUGAAGCAGAGCAGCAGUGGUGUAUUUAUGUAUGAGAGGAUCAUCUAUAUAUAGAGUUAAUUAAGUGGGGGAAAAACGUCAAACACACGAAAAGAAACUACACUGACGCUGUUGUGCUCGCCAAGCUGAACUGUAAUGAGAGUAAGUACAGGAUGACUGCAGGGUACAGUAGAAUCCAGUGGCCAGUCAUCAUCAGCCUAGUUUUAACCAGGACCCGAGGCCACUCGCAUCAGUCUCCCGUAGUACAAGCUCCGGUAGUUUAGCAUCCCUCGAGACUCAUUCGUCCUCCAGGCCUUCUUCACACUUGCAUUGCAACGGUUCAUCAGUUCACAAAUGGGAUUCUUGCUUUUGUUUCUUUAAUUAUCUUAUCGCUAAUAAGUGCAGUCAGUAUAAUCCUGUCAGCUCUUGUGAUUUACUCUAAUCAACAUUGACUUUGAACAAUUGUCUUGUUUGUGGCACUAGGUAACAUUUGUUAUUUACUGAAAAGCAAAAUAUGGCUCUGGGGUGAUAAUACUACCCUACUACUUGCUGUUAUCAUUAGCAGAAUUGGAUUUCUGUCAUUAUCUUGGCCUUUUUUUUUGUUUUGUUUUUUACUGUUUAGUGUAAUUUGUCAUUGUUCACCUCUAAUUUGGUUAUUGAUUUGACAUUGAUGGGCAGGCUUUCUUAGCUGCACUACUACCAGUAAACGGGUUUGGCUAUUGCAUUUGUUUGUUCAUUCUGAAGAUCCUAUUAUUUCAUUACACCAUUGCAGCUACAACUCACUGGGUCCACAUGCCCUGUUUCAGCCCAUUUAAAUCCAGCGUAAGGACUCAGAGUUUAAAAGCUAUGUAGAAGCAAUUCUUACAAGUGUGUUUAGGUCCAGGUUGGAAGCUGAUGUGCAGUGGCAGCGGAAAUUCACACAAAUAAAAAUGGGAUCAGAGACUGCCAGCUUGAGGCUCACCUCACAUCCUCCACUGGAUCCUUUAAAGUGGUAUCUGCUGCAAACAUAUACCCCUGGAUCAUCCACCCUGUCAUCCUUAUUUACAUUCUCUCUCUCACUCCCACCAUUAUUCAAAAAUUUGUUCUUCAUUUUCUUGUAUUUUGUUUACCUCUUUUAUUCAUUUCUUGUACCCAGACAUCAAUUUAGCAACAGUUGUGUGGAUGUGGGGUUUAAAAUGGCUAGAUUGAGCAUUUUUAACUAAAUUACUGAAGGGGGAUCGUAACAUUCCAGUGUACAAUUAUUCAAAAACAAAACUAAUGGAAUAAAAUGUAUUAUUAAACAUGUAA